GCCGCGGCCGCGUACGUGAGCGCUGUGUCCCGGCGAAAGGCUGGCCAGGUGGGCGCGCACGGAGCCAAGGCGGGCGAGCUGCGCGGGGCCGGGCCGGCGGCGCUGGACGAGCCAGGCGAGCAGCGCGAAGGCAGGAUGGCAAGUGUACUGUCACGGCGCCUUGGCAAGCGAUCCCUCCUGGGAGCCCGAGUGUCUGUCCCCAAUGCCUCUGGAGAUGGCUUAGCAGCGGCAGCCCAGCCCUCAGGUUCCCAUGCUGAGAUGGUUGGGGUGGUUGCCCCCCAACCUUUCCCUGCCUACAAGGACAACCACUGCCAGGAACAUCCUAAGGAGAUCCUCAUGGCCUCUGGUGCCCCAGGUCUACAGCAGGUGGUGUUUCAGCCAGGGCAGAAGGUCUGUGUGUGGUAUGGGGGCCAGGAGUGUAUGGGAGUGGUGGAGCAGCACAGUUGGGCAGAAGAUAAGGUGACGGUUCUGCUGCUGGACCAGAAAUUACAAAUCUGCUGCAAAUCAGAGGAGGUGUGGUUGCCGGAGCUGAAGGGCUCAGUGCCUCCACCACCACCCACCGUCGAACAGGCAACUCCUCCUACGGCAUACAGAUCCGUCUCCAGGAAUAUUGAUGUCCCAAAGAGGAAGUCUGAUGCGGUGGAGAUGGAUGAGAUGAUGGCGGCCAUGGUCCUGACCACCCUGUCUUGCAGCCCCGUAGUGCAAAGUCCUCCUGGCAUUGAGUGCAAUUUACCUGCUUCCCGAGCAGCCUGUGACCUGUGGAAGGAGAGUGGGGAUGUGUCAGACAGUGGCAGCAGCACCACCAGUGGGCACUGGAGUGGGGGCAGUGGCAUCUCCACCCCAUCUCCUCCCCACCCUCAAGCAAGCCCCAAAUAUUCAGGUGAGGCCUUUGGCUCACCGAAAGCUGACAAUGGCUUUGAGACGGACCCUGAUCCUUUCCUGAUGGACGAGCCAGCCCCACGAAAGAGAAAGAACUCAGUGAAGGUGAUGUACAAGUGUCUGUGGCCAAACUGUGGCAAAGUCCUGCGCUCCAUUGUGGGUAUCAAGAGGCAUGUCAAGACCCUCCACCUGGGGGACAGUGUGGACUCUGACCAGUGGAAACGGGAAGAGGAUUUCUACUACACAGAGGUGCAGAUGAAGGAGGAAGCAGCUGCUGUGGCAGUUGCUCCUUCCACUGCUGAGACAGUUCCCGUCCAGAAUCUGGCCAGCCCACCCCUUGCCAUCCUACCACCACCCCUGCCCCAGGCAGAGUCCUUAGUCCUGGAACACCCUGUCUUGGAACCUUACUUGCCCACUGGUGCUCUCAGCAAAUCGGCCCCUGGCUCGUUUUGGCACAUUCAAGCCGACCAUGCAUAUCAGGCACUACCAUCAAUCCAGAUCCCAGUAUCUCCACACAUAUAUACCAGCAUUAGCUGGGCUGCUGCCACUUCUACUAUCCCAUCCCUCUCUCCGGUCCGGAGCAGGUCACUAAGCUUCAGUGAACCCCAGCAGCCACCACCUACGCUGAAAUCCCACCUGAUUGUCACAUCACCACCCCGAUCCCAGAGCAGCACCAGGAAAGCCCGUGGAGAAGCCAAGAAGUGCCGUAAGGUAUAUGGCAUAGAACAUCGGGAUCAGUGGUGCACAGCCUGUCGGUGGAAAAAGGCCUGUCAACGAUUCCUGGAUUGAACUUGUUGAACCUGCUCAACUUCUUACUUCCCUGGUUCCAGAGCCCAUCCCCACCCAGGCCCUGACCUGGCAGCCCAGAGGAGGAAUUGAUGCAGCAGUGUCUCCUAAGCCUCCAGCAGUGACAUAACAAUUCAAGUUCAUCUUUUGAGUGUGGGAUGUAUUGGUCAAGGUUUAACUGGGUUUUUUUUUUCUUUAAUUCUUCUUACUCUUUUUUUUUUGUGGGGAUGCUUUAUUCUGUUUUUGGAAACGCAAAGGAAACGAGAGAAUUUUUCCUUCCCAUUGGUCACAGAAAACAAGAGAGUCAGAGCCAAUGAUUUGUAUGCUCUGUAGUGACCCAGAGACCAAAGAAUUAUUUUCUUUUUCCUUCUGUUAUUUUCCUCCUAUGCCUGGGGCAGGUUCUUCUGAUGCCCAUGGAAGGAGCAGCUCUCUCAGUAUAGUUGCUCAGUUGGCGGAUUCUCUCAAAUCUUCAGAGAGGAACUGUGUGUGCCCAGGAGAGGCAAGAUGAAUUUUUUUAAAGCGACUCCACUGGUCACAUGAGGAGAGGAGGUUCUGAUGCUGAUAGACAUGGAAAGUCUGGAGAAAAGAAUGCUUGGCUAUUUGACCAAGUGCAUUUAAUCUGUCAGACUUCAGGAGAAGGAAAGAUCUUUUUUCAUCUAGUAGCAUCCAUGGAGUGAAAGGACAUUUUAUCUUUUAGUAAUACGUGUGUUCAAACUAUUUUAAUAUGGGUUCUUUUAGACAUUGGGUUUCACCCCCAGCCCGUCUCAUUUGGUUCUUGAAAGCUUGGCCUAAUGGAUUUUUAAGAGUCUCCACACCAAGCCAGGCCAGAGGGUAAUAGUGACCUCCCACAUUUCAAAGGGUGAAUCAAAACUGCUUUGAGCAUUUAAGUUUUUUUUCUAUUUCAGUGAGGAAAUGCUGGAGGUUGUUAUAACCUCCCCUGAAACCUGCACUGCCACCCAAAGUGAAAUCCCUUAAUCUUUUAGCCCUCUUAUUAUAGAAAUAAGCCACAUUUUAAAAAACCACACCUCUUUGAGGUUUUUCCCUUAUGUUUUAUCUUGCUAACCUCUUCCCUUAUUGAUCCUUAAGAGACCAUAAUAGGUUCCUCAACCUCUCCCAUUCUCAUUGUGGACAGUCUUUCCCCUCCCACUCCUCUCCCUGCUGCUGGAGGUAUGACUGGUUCUGGAGGGGGAGGGGGACAGGGGAAAGAUUAGGUGAAGGGUAUAGAUGAUGAUGGGUGGCAACUGAGGAAUGGAGAAGGAAGUUGAGGGGCCCCAGAUUCUACUCUUGUCUAAUUUGCCUGUCUGAGAAAGGACAGUUCUGAUGUCCACUGUGAGCAUCCCAUGAACUCCCAAGCUCAGAGGGUCAAGUUCUAGAUUCUGUUAUCUGUGCUUUGUCAAGGCCGUGUGGAGGCAUGGGUCCAUCCAUGGCGUAUCACCCUUGAAACUUAAAAGUCCUAGCUUCUAAAGCUGGUGGCAGGUAGGGUGGCAUGUGGGGUAAAGGGAAUUCUAAGGGAUGUGGGAUGAAGGUUGUAAGACUCAUGUGAAGGCCAUGUGGGAUGGACCUAGGGACCACUGGAAUAUAAGUUCCUUAAAGGUCUUUGGGGACCAAAACCCUUAGCUGCAGUGCCUUGCUCGUAGAGUUAGAUGAGCAAAAAUGGUGUAUUUGUAUCCAAGAUUAGGCAUCAGGAGCUUGGGUCACUUGGAGGAUCUGGUAAUGACCUGACAGAGACAUGGCCUGAGAGAAGUAAGGAAGUAAGGCACAGUCCUUGUGUUCCUCUUAGUUCCUACCUUCCCUCUGCUUUAUGGCAACCUAUUUGACAAAGUCCAGAGGACAUGCAUUCGGCAUUCCCUGGAGCCUAUCUGAAUAGGUGCCUGCUUGCCUUAGGAGGAAACCUGUAUGUACAUUAUUAUAGAAGGCUAAAACUCAGGGAACCACACCAAGCCACCUCAGCUGGGAUUUUGUCAGAGCAGUGCCUGCCCCUGGGUUCUAGACUGAGUUCUCACAUCCCUGCAAACACUCAGCCACCAAAGUUCAUUUACUUAAGUGAGCUGUCGAAACAUGGGAGUUUUGCUUAAAUUUUCUCCUAACAAAACUGCAAAUGUAGCCAUAGAGAGCAUGAUAUCAUGACUCAUCCAAGCAAGCUGGACUGGGGUGAUAAGGAGGGAGAGGAAAUCAGAGAAAACUGCCUUAUGGCAGUGAAAUAUAUUUUUGUAACUUUGUAAAAUGCUUCUAAGUUGGAAUUCUUGUUCCUGUUCAAGCUAGAAACUAGGCCAGGGAAAAAGGGGGCCGCUUUCUUCCUCCCAUGUGUCUGUCCUGGGUCAAAACUGAAUUUCAGUCCAGAAUAAAACUUUACCUAACUCCCUUACUUCCUUACUUCCCUUUCUUCUAUAUAUGAGAAGAAACUAGUCCUUGCUUGUUGCCUUGAUCAUUUGUCAAAUUCCCCCUGAGGUAAAUGUAUCAUUCUGAGAAGUGCAAGAGAUGGGAUCAAUCUUUUCUUUCGAGACCAAAAUGUUCACUUGGCCUCUCCUCCAAGACAUCUUUGGUAAAAAGUUGCUUCUCAGGGUCUGGAUAGUAUAGACUAGCUAGGCGUGAAGGUUUUCUAAAUUAGCAAGUUAUCCUUCCAGUGACACUGGUACAGCAGAACAAAUGGAAGGCAGGAGAACACACUGACAGAACCACAAGUAUAAAAAUCCAAAUAACUUUCAGUUCAGGUCCUUCUUAUGUCUACUCUAUUUCAUAUUCCACUCUGGUGGUGGCAUGUGCCCUGCCCUGCAUCAGUCACACCUCCAUUUUCUUGCUGUUGUGUUGGUUCUUGACAUUUGGUCUAUCCUUGGGGUAAAAAGAAAAUCUCAAUUAUUUUUUCUCUGCAGGGGUGGUUUGUGAGUUGAUCGGGUAAAAAACUCCCGUCUGCUUCAUCUCUCUUCACUUCUCAGCCUCUCCAGGUGAUGGAUUCUGAUUGUUGGAAGACAGGGUAGAAGGAACACUUCUCAGUAGAAGGCCUCUCAGCACUUGAGUAUAUGAGGUGUGACUUGGAAUAAUGUUGCUUUACAAAACAAAAACAAAAAAAAAUGUAUAUGUUCAAGUGAACUCCUUGUCAAAGGAGUCACCUUAAGAGGUGAUGCACUUAUUCCAAUGCUGCUGCUCAAAACAUUUUUGAAAUGAAACACCCCCUCCCCUUCCCUUUUUUGCCCUUGUCAGUGUCAGCAGUGGUGUUAAGUCCUUGUCAUUUGUGAGUGUAUUCAAUUAAAAAAAAAAGCAUUUAGAACCACACCUGGAAAAGAAGUUGGGUUAUCAGGCUAGGUGAUACUAUAUGUUUAAAAACAUGGUGUGAUUAUAAGGUAACGAAAGCAGAGAGAGACGAGUGUAUAGUUCAUUGAUACUCUUUGGAGACAAUUCUUUUUGUCUUUACUUAAAAGAAAUUUUUUUAUAUAUAUCUUUGGUCUUUAUGUCCUCUAUAUUUCCCCAGUGUAUCUGUCAGCCCUCCCACUUCUGAGAGCCAUCCCUUAUAAUGAAGAAUAAAAUAUAAGGGGGAAGAAAAGUUCAGCAAAACUGACCAAUACAUUGAAAAAAAUGAUACUAUCUGUAGUGUCUCACACCCAUGGGUCCCCCACUUCUUUCUGCCAGUCGGAGACACUCAUAAAGGAGGAAUCCCAAAGACGUUUUGAGCAGUGGCAACAUCGUUGAAAUGAUUGUGUAGCCUCCCGAUUAAGGAGAACACUUAUUUGGAUGUAUGAGUUCUGGUCUGUUGAAACAAUCCACAUCGUUCUCUUAUAGUCACACCUUAUAAAAUCCGAGAAUACCAUCCUAGGGACUGGCUAUUUACUAGGGGCAAGGAAGAGAAAAGGGGGAUACAUCCCAGAUCUGUGAAUUUGUCUUACUGGAGCUUUUUUCCUUCCCAGCUGUCUUCCAAGUAUUAUUUUUAUUGUUAAAAAAAAUUUUUAAAUGUGAAAUGUAAUGUUUUUACUGCAGCAAUAUGAAAUAUAUUUUAUAAGGAAUAAAAUGGAACA